AUGGUGGAUGGACGAUUCUCGCCUGCCAUGUUCACAUUCGGAUACCAAGACAACUUGGGUCCGCAAUUGCAGAACAACUUCUCGAAUGUUCUUUCUCGAUUGAACGACGAUCUCUCCGAGCUUUGUUACAAGAUUUCUUCUCCUGCUCGUCAUGCGCCUGCAGGAGGAAUGAAACCUUACUUGAACGACCCCUUCAUACAUCAGGCUGCCCACCGCCUGCCUUCCAUCCAAGGCAGUACGAGGCAGGAAGGGCUCACGCGCAUGGGUGAAGAGUUAGAUUCCAUGAGUACUCCCGGACGAAGAGACUGGCAGGGGAGGAACGACCUUCGAGAUGUGGCAGGAAGCGAAAGACGACCCGUGCCUCGUCCUCAGGUGGAGGGCUCGUACAAGUUCGAGAGAUGGAUGAACACCAAGGUGGACAAUCUCAUGAAGGACCUGGGGUUCAUCCAGCACCAGCUGCACACACGACGAGGGCAGGGGCAAAUCAUCGACGAGCUCAGGCAGCGGGUAGAGCAACUCGAGGCGAAGACAAAGAAUUCCGGACCAAGUCGGAGGCAGGCAUCGUUCAGCAAUCCUCUCCCUCACAACCACGUCAACGAGAACUUGCCGCCUUUGCGUAAGAGCACGGGAAUUGAGCCGGGGGGGAGGGUAAGGAUAGGCAGGAAACCGAUUCUGCCGACGGUGGAGGAAGGAAACUUGAGAAAAGGUGGAGGCAGCGCGAAGCGAAUCGCCAAACCAACAGCAUGGGGUGACAUGCAGGCGAAUAGAACGAUGAUUGCAAUUCAGUCACAGUGCGAGUCCAUUUUCACCCAACGGCCGGGCUCGAGCCCCGGCACCACCGGAUUCCGAACCGUGACGGUUUGGUCUCUUGCAUGGACAGCCGAUGGGAAGAAGUUAGCGUCAUGCUCCAGUGACAAGACUGCCAUCCUCGAUGACGCCCAUGAUCGCACCAUCCGGUCGGUGGCGUGGAGCCCUGGAGGGGACAAGUUGGCGACUGCGAGCUUCGAUGGCACCUGCGCGAUCUGGGCUCUGAAGGACAAUGAGUACGAGCAGAUCGCAACGUUGCAAGGGCAUGAGAACGAAGUUUGUGGGAGAGGAGGAGGAGACACGCUGCUGACUCUUGCUAAGGUCAAGUGCGUCAGUUGGGACCCGUCGGGCAAGCUCAUCGCCACAUGCAGGCAUGUCGCUCCCGCUCCUCCCGCUCCUUCCUCCCCUCUCUCCUCCUCGACCACUUCCACCUGCUCUUGUACCUCCUGCUCCUGA